AUGUGGAGACCUGGUCCAAGACAACUGAACAACACCGAUCGAGCAGGUCCAAAUACACGAUGUCAAAAAUGUUUAAAAUUAGGUCAUCAUACAUACCAAUGUUCUAAUCCACGACCUUAUGUCCCAAGACCAUCAAGGACGAAACAACUAGCUUCGGGGAAACUAGGUAGAGAUAAACCUUCGGUAGAAGUUCCAGAUGAAUUCAAAGCUUCUACAAGUAAGGGAUUAGCAGAUAAGAUAUUGCAGGCUAAAGAAGAAGAAAGAAGGAGGGAAGAAGAUAAGAAGAAGCUCAAAGGGAAAAAGAGAAGAUCAUCUUCAAGUGGAAGUUCCUCUGCGUCCUCUGAAUCCGAUUCUGAUUCCGAUUCUGAAUCUGGUUCUGGUUCUGACUCCGACUCUCAAUCAUCUUCCUCGGGAUCUUCAAGACCACGAUCACCCAGAAGACGACGAGCGGCCUCUACAGAUUCAUCACGUCGAUCAGCUUCCCCUUCACUUAUAAAAAGGAGGUAUUCCUCAGGGUCUGACGAUGCUCGAAAACCGAGGAGGAGGUCAUCAAGUGAUAGUGCAGACUCAAGAUCAAGGAAGGUGUCAAGUGGAAGGGGUAAAAGUAGGAGUAAAUCAACAAGAAGUCCUUCCAAUGACAGUCGCUAA